GGAUGUCGCGAUGCACAUGGCAUACAUGAUGCACCGUAUCGGACGCAAUCCGGCUCUCAAACGGGUUUAUCACCGAGUUUGGCCCCAGACACAAUAGACACAGGCAUCUCAAUCCAAAAUUAUCACAACUCAAUACGAUCAAAUAUCGACAGCACCAUAUCAGCCAACGCCAACCAUGAAUUCCGAUACGUCCGGAUUCAAGCCUGAUGCUUUCGGCACUCUGCCGAAACAACAAGAAUAUAUCCCAAAUCUGAAGCUGAGUGAUGGGAAUGAGAUACCAAUGCUCGGCUAUGGGCUAGGAACCGCCAACUCCAAGCGCGGUAACAAGGACGAGCUCGACCAAAAGAUCGUUAAUGAUACCCUGACAGCCAUCAGGAACGGCUUCUACCACCUUGACUGCGCUGAGUCCUACGGCAACGAACGCGAGCUAAGCGCCGCCAUCGCGCAGUCCCCGGUCCCGCGCUCAAAGCUCUUCAUCACCACCAAAACAAGCUGCCGACCAGGGGAGUCUGUCGAGACGGCCUUUUCGCGCUCCCUGUCCAAGCUCGGGGUGGACUAUGUAGAUUUGUAUCUGAUCCACAGCCCCUUCUUCGCCGAGUCGCCUCGGCAACUCCAAGAGAAGUGGGCCGAGAUGGAGGCGCUCAAGGACAGCGGGCGUGUCCGUUCCAUCGGCGUGUCAAACUAUCUGCGGGAGCAUCUCGAGGCUGUUCUGGAGACGGCCAAGCACCCGCCCGUGGUCAACCAGAUUGAGUACCACCCGUAUCUGCAGCACACGGGCGGCCUGCUCGACUUCCUCCGGGAGAAGGGGAUUGCCGUUGAGGCAUACGGGCCUCUGACGGCGGUUACCAAAGCCGCGCCGGGGCCCGUCGACCCGAUUUAUGAACGCUUGGCGGCCAAGUAUGGAGUGUCGUCGGCGGAGGUGGCCCUGAGAUGGUGCCUGGAUCAGGGGAUCGUGACGCUUACUACCAGCGGCAAUGAAGAGCGGUUGAAGAACUAUCAGGCCAAGUUGCCCAUGUUUAAGUUGACGCCCAAGGAGGUGGAGGAUAUCGCCGAGGCUGGGAGGAAGAAGCAUUAUAGGGGGUUUUGGAAGGGCAAAUUCGACGAGGACGAUAGGCGUUGA